GUUAAGCAGUGUUGUCAAGACUGGAUUAUUGUCAACCACUGUUGUCAAGACUGGCUUAUUGUCAAACACUGUAGUCAAUCCUAUAUCUUUGUCAAACACUGUUGUCAAGACUGGCUUAUUGUCAAACACUGUUGUCAAGCCCAGGAAUAA